UUUUAAUUCCCUCUAUAUAUAUAUGAGCUUCUAUUCGCCAUUGUACUUGUACACGCACCCACCAAAGGGCUCGUUCUCUGGUGAUUGUUUUUGGAGGCUAAGGCAGAUAAUGGAACUCGAAAGGAAAAUGGUGAAAUCAAGAUUCAAAAGGGUUUGUGUGUUCUGUGGCAGUAGUACUGGGAAGAGAGAUUGUUACAGAGAUGCUGCCAUUGAACUUGCCCAAGAGCUGGUGGAAAGAAGAUUGGACCUUGUGUACGGAGGAGGUAGUAUUGGACUUAUGGGUUUAGUUUCACAAGCUGUUCAUCAGGGUGGAGGCAAUGUUCUUGGGAUCAUACCAAGAACUCUUAUGAGCAAAGAGAUCACCGGAGAAACAGUUGGAGAGGUAAAGCCAGUGGCUGACAUGCACCAAAGGAAAGCAGAAAUGGCCCGCCAUUCUGAUUGUUUUAUAGCCCUACCAGGUGGGUAUGGAACUUUAGAGGAGUUGUUGGAAGUUAUCACUUGGGCUCAGCUUGGUAUCCAUGACAAACCUGUGGGUUUACUUAAUGUUGAUGGUUACUACAACUAUCUUCUGACUUUCAUUGACAAAGCUGUAGAUGAUGGAUUCAUCAAACCUUCACAACGCAACAUUUUUGUUUAUGCACCAAAUGCCAAAGAACUUGUUCAAAAGCUGGAGGAGUACGUGCCUGUGAGUGAUGGAGUUAUAGCCAAAGCAAGGUGGGAGGUUGAGCUUCAGCAACCACCGCAGCAACCACCGCAGGUGGGGUUCAGUCCUACCACUUUGCAGACUGAGGUAGCUCUAUGAAAGAAAGAAAACAAAAAGGUUGUUUUAGGCAGUGUUUGCUUUUUUAGUCUGAUGAUUUUGGGUUAGGUACCAACCAUAUUUCCAUAUAAUGGUUUCAUGGUAAAAGCUGGUUUUGAAUGACUUGGGGAUUCAAGGAAAGAAAGAAAAGAAAAGAAAAGAAAGUCUUUUUUGUAUGUAACUACAACUUUAGCAAAAAAUAGUAGUUUAUUUAACUGGGGAAUAUUAAUUAAACUUGUAAUUUUUGCACCUGGAAUUCUGUACAAAAGAUUAUAUAUAUAAAAAAAGAAAAAAAAG